AUGCAGACGGUCUUCCCGAUGGACCGUUUUGUAUCCAGAAAAAGGCCACGGCCCAGCUCACUGGCUGCGCUGCCGCCGUUACCAUCAAACACGCAUACGUCGCUUUCCGAGGAAGACUCAACGGAUGUGAAAUUGGCACAGCUCGUAUCGCUUUUUCCAGGAACGCCUCAGGAUACGCUUAUUGAUAUUCUUGUAUCCUGUGGCGGUUCGGUAGAGACGGCCUCUUCCACUAUCUCAGCGCAAUUUGAGUCCGGCCCACCUAAGAAACGAGCAGUACUAGGGGCACCAGCGAUCCAAACAUCACUAACGUCUCAUGUCCUUACAUCUGAGAAGACACCAUCGAUAUCCAAAAGUCCUCUCACUAAGAAGGGGAGGACCAUUCAUCUCUUUUCCCCUGAAGAUAUUGCCGCUCAUACCCCAUGUACUAUUAUCCACAAUUUUCUGCCGUCACAGCAGGCAAAUGCACUCCUUCUGGAGCUCCUGGGCGAAUCAAAAUAUUUCUCCAGGUAUAAGUUCCAAUUAUUCGAGCGAACAGUGGAAAGCCCACAUUCAGCCAGUGUAUAUGUCUCUACGCCCGAAGAAUUCAGGCAACACACAUCCGACUAUACUUAUGGAGGCACCUUCCGCUCCAACGUGCGGCAGGUCACUCCUAACAUGCGCGCAGUCUCUACUAAAGUCCAACGCGCGGUGAAUGACGCUAUCCAGGAACGAAUCCGGUCAUCCUAUCCAAAUGGGCAAAAGCUGAAGUACCAAUCACCAAGGGAAUGGAUUCCCAAUGCUGCGUUUGUGAAUUGCUACGAUGGCCCAGCAGAAUGUGUUGGGUAUCACUCGGAUGAGCUGACCUAUCUGGGUCCCCGAGCUAUUAUUGGCAGUCUGAGCCUGGGUGUGGAACGAGAAUUCCGAGUCCGGAGGAUUGUACCGUACGAUGAUAUUGAGCAGUAUGAGGAAGAAACCUCCCAUUCCCCUGAAUCAGCAUUGUUGUCGGAAUCCAAUCGAUCCCGAAAAGCUGCCGGCGCUCGGGCCGAUGCUCAAGGCCAGAUCUCGAUACACCUACCACACAAUUCUCUUCUGGUAAUGCAUGCCGAAAUGCAAGAAGAAUGGAAGCAUUCCAUUGCCUCUGCACAAACCAUCUCACCACAUCCAUUGUCAGGAAACCGCCGUAUCAACAUCACUUACCGUUGGUAUCGAGACUCUCUCCAUCCACGAAACAUACCUCGAUGCCAUUGUGGUGAACAUACAAUCCUGCGAUGUGCUCAGCGCAAACGUGAAUCGAAGGGUAGAUAUAUGUGGAUGUGCUAUACCGGGUUUGCGCCUGGGAAAAAGGGGUGUGGCUUCUUUCAAUGGGCCGAGUUUGAUGAUGAUGGCGAGCCUCUCUGGAAGAAUAAAUUUGAGGACAAUGCCCCUGCAUUGAAAAACUUCGUCGAUAAGUAG